UUGCAUGUUCAUUUGACUUAAAGUUCACUUAUGUGUUACCUGGAUUGAAGGGAACAUCGUCAGAUUCAAGGAUACUUAAAAAUGCAUUAACUAGAGAAGAUAGCUUGCAUAAUCAGGAAGGUAUAAAUAAACUCAUUGACAUUUUUACACAUAUUACACACUUCAAUUAGCUUAUUUCCAUUAAUAUUUUUAGGUAAAUAUAAUCUGGUCGAUGCCGGUUAUAUGCUCACGGGUGGCCUUAUAACCCUUUAUAGGGGUGUACGUUAUCAUCACUUGAAGGAGUACUCGUCACGUGGCCCCGAAAAUUCUCAAGAACUUUUAAAUCUUCGACAUGCAUCACUACGUAAUGCUAUUGAAAGAGUCUUUAGAGUCUUAAAGAAAAGAUUUGCUAUUAUUGCUAGUUCAACAGAGCCACAUUACUCUAUUGAAACACAAAGAGACAUUGUUUUGGCAUGUUGUAUCUUGCAUAAUUUUUUAAUGGCUAUAGAUCCUGACGAGGAACUUAUUGCCGAGGUUGACCGUGAACUAUCAAAUAGGCCUGCACGGAUAAGGCGCAAUAUUGUAGGAGAUGAUGAUAGCGAAGAAGGAAAAAUUAUUCGAGACAAUAUAGCAGCUCAAAUGUGGAACAAUUAUACACAAUAUCUAGCUCUACGGGGUGACAUGACUUGAAUGUUUUUUUUUUUUGUUUUUUUACGUUAACUUCUUUUCAACUGAUGUUUGUUAGUUUUGAAUGACAUUGGAAUGUAUUUUUUAUAAGAUUUGAAAUAAUUUACUAUAAUAUGAUUAAAUUCAUAUUUCAUUAUAUUUUAUAUUUUUUGAUUAGUCAGAUGGAUGUGCCAAACAAGAAACCUAGUGGGUGUCAAAUCAAAUGGACUGAAAAUAUGGAUGCACUUCUAAUCGAGGCAUUACUUCACCAACAAUUGAUAGGCAACCGAAUCAAUGGUCAAUGGACUUUUAGUUCUUAUGAUACCAUGGUUAAAGAGCUACGUGAAAAACUCGACCUUCCGAUUAAGAAGGAACAUUUGCAAAAUCGACAAAAAACUUUGAAAAAAAUUUUCAAUGAUGCGUAUGAUAUGUUCAAGAACUCAAGUGGCUUUGGCUGGGAUGAGGAAAGUAAGCGUUUUGUGGCUGAACCUGAAGUAUGGAAAGCCUUGAUAGAGGCUAAACCUGAAGCUAAAAAAUGGACAACUACUCCUCUUCCUUUUUAUGAAAAGCUCUUGGAUCUUUCUGCAAAGGAUAGAGCAAAUGGUAAAGCUUCUCUAACUGCAAAAGAGAGAGCACGUCAAAGGAGUAGCAAUGAACCAAUUACUAUCGAUGAGAUUGAUGUUAUGGUCACCCAAAAUGAAGCAACAUUACAAGGCUUUGAUCCUAAUUCUCCUUCUGCGGCAAAAUCUACAUCUCCUACAACUCCAAAAAGUGAAAGUUCAUCUAAAGGAAAGAAAAGGAAAGAAAUUUCGGAGGAAGACUAUGAAAUCAAAAUCUUAAAGCAAGGACUUGAUAGUGUUGCUGACGCAAUAAGGGAAGGUAAUUCUAUUUUGAAGCAAAUUUGUCCACGAGUUUACUCAAGUGAUGAAAUCUAUGAAGAAAUUGUGAGCAUAGGAGUUGAAGAAAGCAAACAAUUCAAAGCUUAUAGAUAUUUGAAUGCUAAUGACACGAGGGUGAAAGAAUUCUUUGGUUGUCCAAAGAAUUUUCGCAAAGCAUUUCUCAUUCAAAUGAUGGAAGAGGAUGGUGUAUUUAUUUAACAAGUUUUACGAUUAUUUAAACUUCAAACAUUUUUCUGCAAUGUUUUAUGGACUAUUUGUCUAAGUUUUCAUGACUUAUUUCUACCUUCAAUAAUCUUUGUUGACACAUAACAUAAAUGGUAGUUGGAAUGGUGCCUUUGGCUUUCUUGGUUUGAGUAGUGCCACUUUCUUUUGUUUCAUGUCUUUACCGAGUAUAUAAAUCAGUAUGUGAAUUUUUGUUCUUCCAAACAUAAUAUUUCUUUC